CUCUAUUUGUAGACAAGAAGUUCGCAAGUCUUUUCCUCGAUGAUAGAAGUUGCAACUGCUUCCUUGUCGCUGUAGUGGUGUGAACGCUUACGCCUUAAUGGUAAACGACUAUGAAGGCGAAGAAGAUGAUAUCUGCGGGUGGGGAGCUGCAGACUUCGAUGACGAAUUCACGGAGCGUAAAGAGACGGUCACCAAGGGCUCGAAGCGGAACCUGCAGAGAAAACUGGUUCAUUACAAUCAGAAGCUGCAGCAAUCUCGUGGAAUGGAACCAUUGCCCCCCCAAGGUUCCAAUCUAGAUCUCGAGAACCAUAACGGAGCUCCAGUGUAUCGCAAGAUCAAGCGAAAACAGCCUAAAGAAAAACGAGAACCGCAGAAUUAUCACAAUAUCACAACUACAAGCCAUCGCCGAGAACGCUUUCAAUCCAAGAUGAGAAUGCUGCUAUUGCUGCUUUUGGACGCCAGCGACGAAUGAGAGUGGUAGCUGCCACGAUGGCGGCGAAUGUUCCUCGCAAGUCAGGCAUAGCGUCCGUAGUCUCGGCAUCUUU